CAAGUUUGCCUGAAACGUUAAACAUCCAUCCCACGGGUGUUUGUGCUCACGGUGCUUAUAAAUACCAGAUAGAAUGCACCAAGCCGGGCAGAACAAGAGAAGUGAUCAUAAUCAGAAUCAUGAAGAGCUACACACAGUUUCUUGGGUUUGUUCUUGUGGCUCUUCUCCUGGAAGUGGUCUUGGCCCAGGACACUCCAAGCACAAUCGUCACUUCCGAUUUCUUCAAUAGCCUCCUACCUGCAGGUGGUUGUGAGGGAAACGGCUUCUAUAACUAUGAUUCCUUCAUAUCCGCCGCAAAUAGUUUCGACGGCUUUGGCACCACCGGCGGCAGCGACGUUCAAAAGAGGGAGUUAGCUGCUUUCCUUGCUAAUGUCAUGCAUGAAACGGGAAGCUUCUGCUACAUAAACGAACAAAACCCUCCCAGCAUCUACUGCGAUCCAAGCAACCAGCAGUAUCCUUGCGCUUCAGGCAAAAGUUACUUUGGCAGAGGACCUUUGCAGCUAUCAUGGAACUACAACUAUGGUGCAGCUGGGCAGGCCAUUGGGUUCGAUGGAUUGAACAACCCAGAGAUUGUGGCCCAGGAUCCCAGCAUAUCUUUCCAAACAGCGGUGUGGUUCUGGAUGUCCGACAGCAACUGCCACCAAGGGAUCACCACAGACGGCGGCUUUGGCUCCACCAUCAGUGCCAUUAACAGUGGUGAGUGUGGCGGAGGAAAUCCAGCAGCAGUACAGUCCAGGGUCAGCUUCUAUCAACAGUUCUGCGGGCAAUUCGGCGUAGACCCUGGCCAGAACAUCGACUGCUAGGUUCCCCCACCACCGUCCUUCCCUGCCAACAUUGGCCAUCACCCACAUACUAUCAGAGACAUGUACUACAUCUAAGCAUGUUCUCAUUGAAAUAAAAUGAUACUAUGCAUGAUCAAUAAAGUUAAUGCUUCCUGUA